AGGCAUACAGCCAGCGAGCACCUUGUAGUAGGGUUUUCUUUAGCUGAUCGAAGUAGAAGAAACAACUGAGUUCGGAGCGAAAGGAUCUAGGAGUGUUUUAGCUAUGGAAAUCUAUUCUAGCAUGAAGAUUCUUGAUGAUUUAGAUUUCAAAAGCUGGAUGGAUUGGAAACUAAAUAUGGAACUUGUCUUUGGUUUGAUGGAUUUGGACUUUGCCCUUCGUGAAGACGAACCCGAGAAGCCUACUGUCACUAGCUCUUCUUCAGCCAUAGCUCAGUAUGAAAAAUGGGAGAGAAGUAAUCGAUUAAGCCUUCUAAUGAUGAGAAAGAAAAUGCAUGAUGGUCUAUAUGCACUUGUUCCUGUGACAGACUAUGGUAAUAAUGCUAAACAAUUUUUUGCUGCCCUUGAGGAGUUAUUUCUGAAAAUUGAGAAAGCUAAGCACUUUGAGAAGAAAACCAAGUUACUAAGGAUAUAUGGUGGUGAAGGGAUUGAAUAUGAAGGCGAAGGGAGUUUGACCAACCAGAUUUUGAGAUUAUCCAGUUUUGGCUAUAGGUUGAGAACUGCAGGAGUAUCUGUUUCUGAUGAAUUGAUUGUUGAAGGAGUAAUUGGUGCUCUCCCUACAGAAAAGUUUACCAAUCUCCAGAUUAACUACGAUCUGUCCAAGGAAAAAUGGGGAAUGGUCGACUUAAUAUGCAAGUGUGAAAGAGCAGAGAGUGUGCAUCGUAUGAUCAUGAUGAAUAGAGAUGAUUCAGCUUCUUGUGAUAGAGAAUGGAUUGGGAAUGGUCAGCCAGAAGAAAAGAUGAAAGGGAAAAGAUGCUUUAGUUGUGGAAGAACAGGACAUUUAAAGAAGGACUGUAAGCGGAUCAGCAGCCGGUAAAUAUUUUUGAUGGAAGGUAGAGCCCAAAUGCAUGUAUUUAUCUUGAACAAAAGUUAAAACAGAUAUGAUGCUCCGGCGAUGGGUUGACGACCAAAAUAAACCUGACAUGUCGUUUUGUACGAACGACGAAAGCUUGAAAAUUAGAGAGUGGCUGAGGCGUGGUUGAUCUUCUUUUGCCGCCAAAAGCUGAUCAGAAACCUGUAUCCUUCUUUACUCUACUAUCUCCUUCUUCUGCUUCCUUAUCUUUUCGUUUGGGCUCUACUUUUUAUUGGUUUUGGGAAGUUGACAGUUCGUAUUUGGCCACUUCCAUUGACUGUAAUAUCGAAAGUCGAGGUUAGCUUAAUUAAUCUUUUAAAAAUAAAUUAAAUCUUAUCUUAUGGGCCAGUUCCAUAAAAAGUAGAAUAUGUACUUGCAUUAUAUGUAUAAUAUAGUAUAUGGCACGUGCGUGGUGGAUGAGCAUAGUGCCAAGAUGACAAAAAGGAACUUGUUGGCUCACUUGGCUUGGUUUUACAAACUGAAAUAAACUAGAGAAAGAAAUUAGUACAUUAA